AUGGAUAACAAAAAAAGGCUCCCACCCCAGAAGGUGAAAAUUGUGGAGAACACUAGCACAGCCAAGACAAAGAAACCAGAUUUUCUAGAUGCCAAGAAUGUUACAGAGCCAAAAGACAGUAGGACUGUGUUGGACCCAAAAAAGACUGGAACAGAUCCGAAAGAGAAAAAGACUGUGACCAUUGUUACAGAUCCAAAGGACAAAAAGAGUGUGAUUGAGCCAAAAGAAAAGAAGACUGUGACAAUCUCAGAUCCCAAAGACAAGAAGCCAGAGGUGAAAGACAAGAGGACGGUGACAUUUGUGACAGACAUAAAAGACAAGAGGAUUGUGACAGACACAAAAGAAAACAAGAUUAUGUCAAUAGAGACCAAAGAAAAGGUGACUGUGCCUGUUGUGCCAGAGGCAAAAGAAAAGAAACUUGUGCCGCAAGUAGAACCAAAAGAGAAAGUGGCUGUGCCCAUUGUAUCAGCUGUGCCAGCUGCGCCAGCUGCGCCAGAAGUAAAAGAGAAGGUUGUGAUGCCGGAGGUGAAAAAGAAGAAGGAAGUGCCACCUGUGCACGAGACAAAGGAAGCCAAGGCUUCGCAAAUCAUAUCAGAGACAAAAGAUAAGAAGGCUGUGCAUGACAUGAAAGAGAAGGUGCCCGGAACAGAAAUAAAAGAGAAGAAAGUUGUGCUAGAGGUCAGAGAGAAAAAGCCUAUGGUAACAGAGAAAAAAGAUGACGGGACAAGUGACGUAGCUCGGACUAUAGUGGAGGGUGUUCUGGCCGCUGCUGUUCAAUUUGUGGAAGAUGCCAGAAACCCCAUCAAGAACAUCAAGUGGCUCACUCAUGGUGAAUUCACAGUAGAAAAUGGUCGGAAACAAAUUGAGAAGUUUGUUUCGACGUGGGAGUUUCAAAACCGCUGGGUGUACUAUGCGGAUUUUAUAGAGAGGAAAGACUUAAUUCACUCCUUCCAUUAUAUCUACCGUGUGCGCUGGAGUGCCCCUACUGCCGUAAGACCCAUGGCAAGAGUCAGUGCUAACGCCUACUUCACCAUCAAGUUCAACAAGAGCAAACCUCAGGAUAUGCCUGUUGAUGUUUCUUAUAUCUUUGAGAAUUCAGCACUACUUCAAAGACCAGGGAAGAUUCGAUUUCGAGAACAAUGGCUGAGGGAUAUUACUGAGACCAAACAUAUUUUGUUGGAGUCAAUCCCUUUUAAAGUUGUCUGAUUCUUAUGUUAUGUUUGAGGACUCCUAACAAUCAACACAUCAAGCAGCACAUCAAACC